GACUAGGACAGAUUGGAAAGCAGAAAGCGGCUCGCUCUCACAGGCGGCUGCGUGGUGGUAGAACAGCCCCAAGUCUGCAGGAGGCGGAGAACGGUGGCCGAGUUCCACCCCCUCAUAGAAGCCCUUGUGAUUGGUUCGAGCGCCGUCACUCAGCUUUCUGCAGGCAGUGGGGGAUCCAGGAGGCGGGCUCGGCCGGGAAGGGGCGUGGCCGCGGGGGCCGGCUAGCCGCGCGCUCUCGCCUCUGGAGGGAUCGCAGGCUCGGCGCUCCCGAGGGCUGGGCGCGCGCACCCGGCACGCGGGCGAAAGUCCUCGGAGGCGCGGCGGGAGGUGCUGCAAACAGGCGCUGCUGCUGGAGCCGCGGCCCGCACCCGCUGCAGCGCCCGCCGCCGUCAGCGGUCCCGGAGGCCCGGUGUCUCCUACGCACUGAGGGCGUCCCCCACCCCUCGCCUGCCCCAGCGGUGCGCGAGAUGGCCCCGCGCAAGAAUGCCAAGGGUGGCGGCGGCAACAGCAACAGCAGCAGCAGCAGCAGCAGCGGCUCCGGCAGCAGCAGUGGCGGCAGCAGCAGCCCCGGGGCCCGGAGAGACACAAAGCAUGGAGGACACAAGAAUGGAAGGAAAGGAGGACUUCCUGGCAGUUCUUUUUUCACGUGGUUUAUGGUCAUUGCGUUGCUGGGAGUCUGGACAUCAGUAGCUGUUGUCUGGUUUGAUCUUAUUGAUUAUGAGGAAGUUUUAGCCAAAGCAAAGGACUUCCGUUAUAACUUAUCAGAGGUACUUCAAGGAAAACUAGGAGUCUAUGAUGCUGAUGGUGAUGGAGAUUUUGAUGUGGAUGAUGCCAAAGUUUUAUUAGGCCUGACCAAAGAUGGCAGUAAUGAAAAUAUUGAUUCUCUUGAGGAAGUCCUUAAUAUUUUAGCCGAGGAAAGUUCAGAUUGGUUUUAUGGUUUCCUCUCGUUUCUCUAUGAUAUAAUGACUCCUUUUGAAAUGCUAGAAGAAGAAGAAGACGAAAGUGAAACCACAGAUGGUGUUGAUGGCCUUAAAGAAAGAUCUGCUCCAAAGCCAACAGUCCCGCCAGAAGAGCCUGAGCCGUAUCCUUGGCUGGAGGAGCUGGUUCCUGAGGGCGCAGGGUCUCAGCAUAUUGAAGAUGAAGUACAAGAAGAAAUUCAUUCCCCUCUCCAUGAAACAGUAUACACAGAACAUGAAGAUUUUCAACAAGAAGAGGAUGGGCCAGCAGGAGAACAGCAACCAGAAGAUGAUUUCCUUGUAGGAAGUGAUGCAGAUGAUAGAUUUGAACCCCUGGAAGCUGGAACACUUCAGGAAGAAAUUGAACAUAGUUACACUGCAGAGGAGACAGCUUCACAGGUCUAUAAACAGGAUAUGGAAGAGAUGAUGUAUGAACAGGAAAAUCCAGAGUCCAUCGAACCAGUAAUAGAUGAUGAAAAACGCUACCAUGAUGCAGAUGAUAUAACAUACCAAGACUACGAUCAACAAGUCUAUGAACCAUCGGAAAAUGAAGGGAUAGAAACUUCAGAUAAUGCUGUGGAAGAUUCACACAGAAUUUUAGAAAAAGUACGUGUGCCCCCAACAGAAGAACAGCAGGAAAUACCACCAGAAACAAAUCGGAAAACAGAUGACCCAGAACAAAAAGAAAAAGUUAAGAAAAAGAAGCCUAAACUAUUAAAUAAAUUUGAUAAGACUAUUAAAGCUGAACUUGAUGCUGCAGAAAAACUCCGUAAAAGGGGAAAAAUUGAGGAAGCAGUGGCUGCAUUUGAAGGACUAGUUCGCAAAUACCCUCAGAGUCCACGGGCGAGAUAUGGGAGGGCACAGUGUGAAGACGAUUUGGCCGAGAAGAGGAGGAGCAAUGAUGUUCUGCGCAGAGCCAUCGAGACCUACCAGGAGGUGUCCAGCCUGCCCGAUGUCCCCGCUGACCUGGUGAAGCUGAGUUUGAAGCGGCGAUCAGAGAGACAACAAUUUCUAGGUCACAUGAGAGGCUCCCUGGUUACCCUGCAGAAAUUAGUUCACCUAUUUCCUGACGACACUUCCUUAAAGAAUGACCUUGGAGUGGGGUACCUCUUGAUAGGAGAUAAUGAUAAUGCCAAGAAGGUUUAUGAAGAGGUUCUGAAUGUGACACCUCACGAUGGUUUUGCCAAAGUGCAUUAUGGCUUUAUCUUGAAGGCACAGAACAAGAUCGCAGAAAGCAUUCCCUAUUUAAAGGAAGGAAUAGAGUCUGGGGAUCCAGGCACUGAUGAUGGGCGAUUUUAUUUCCACCUGGGAGAUGCCAUGCAGAGGGUUGGAAACAAAGAGGCAUAUAAGUGGUACGAGCUUGGGCACAAGAGGGGCCAUUUUGCAUCUGUUUGGCAGCGCUCACUCUACAAUGUGAAUGGACUGAAAGCUCAGCCUUGGUGGACCCCAAAGGAAACGGGCUACACAGAAUUAGUAAAGUCCUUAGAAAGAAACUGGAAGUUGAUCCGUGAUGAAGGCCUCUCAGUGAUGGAUGAAGCCAAAGGCCUCUUCCUGCCUGAAGAUGAAAACCUGAGGGAGAAGGGCGACUGGAGCCAGUUUACACUGUGGCAGCAAGGAAGAAAAAAUGAAAACGCCUGUAAAGGAGCUCCUAAAACCUGUUCUUUACUAGAUAAAUUCCCCGAGACAACGGGAUGCAGAAGAGGACAGAUCAAAUAUUCCGUCAUGCACCCAGGAACUCACGUAUGGCCACAUACGGGACCCACGAACUGCAGGCUCCGAAUGCACCUGGGCUUGGUGAUUCCCAAGGAAGGCUGCAAGAUCCGAUGCGCCAACGAGACCAAGACGUGGGAAGAAGGCAAGGUGCUCAUCUUUGACGACUCCUUCGAGCACGAGGUGUGGCAAGAUGCCUCGUCUUUCCGGCUGAUAUUCAUCGUGGAUGUGUGGCACCCAGAGCUGACACCCCAGCAGAGACGUAGCCUUCCUGCAAUUUAGCAUGUCAUUCAGGCUCAGGGCGCACUGGAGAGAGGCUGCCUUCUGGUUCUCUGUCCUUGGAUGUGGGCAUAGACGUUCAAACACCAAGGCCCUUAAUUCCCUUGAUUUGCAGCCUGAAAUUUUCUAAACCUCCUCCUAGGGUUAGAACACAAUAAAGGGACUGUUUGCCUCGCUACAAGUCACUUAGAAAAUACCCUGCCGUAUUUCAUCUCGUGACAGCACCGAUCUGGUGCCCGUAUUUCAGGUGAAUUCAUGAUAGCGUCUGCCUUGCCAGCCAAAGAUAUUUUUUUUCCGUUUAGAAUAGGUUAAAUCAGUGUACAGUGAAAAUAUAUGUAGAAACUGUGAAAAGAUUACUUUAGCCUGUAAUUUUUCUAUGCAAUUAUAUUUUUCUAGAGUAGCUAGAUGUUUUCAUCACGUGCCACUACUUUUUUUGUUAAUUUUAGCGACAAGCUGUGUAAAUGCUUUAUUUCUAGCUGUUUAAUGGUAACUUUCCCACUGGACUUGGACUUCCCUCUUUUAAUUAUUUUCAGUCAACGAUACUCAUGCAAAAAAGCAAUUUUAUUUUCCUAAUACAAAGGAGAAAGACAUAAUUACGCCAACGUCUAUGAACUGUGCGGUUCCCUCCCUAUUGAGUCCGUUUGCUUUCUUCAUUGAAAGUCAAAGUGUCUUCAUUUCUCUCCUCGCGACGCGAGUGGUGGAGAUACUGUCAAAAUAGCAUUUCUUUCUGAGAGGAAGCUUUUACACUGAAAUUAGACAUGGAAUCAUUUUGUAUUGAGUUAUACAAAUGCCACAUGUAAAAAAUUUUAAUGCUAAGUAUGAAGGCUUGAAUAAAAUUAAAAAAGUAAAAUUUUCCCAAGUAAACAUUUUCUCUUGGGAUCUAGUAGAUAGGUGGCUGCUAGGACCACUGUGCUGUCUGUGAGACGGGGCUGGGCUCCAGAGUGUCUUCACCUAUUGUAGGUCCAUGCGAGGACCAGUCUUUGAGAGGAUUCCCAUCACAGUUCUGUAAGAAUAUGAAGGAUGGCAGAGUGGAAGACCAAGUGUGCCAGGUCCUGAGUGUAGGAUGUCAAGAUUGCUCUUUGAAAGAGUUUUCAAGACUCUUCCAGCCCCCUGGCUUGAGAAACUUCUGCUAUUUAAGCAUCACUUUGAAAUAGCAGUUAUUAUCCAUAGCUUAGCUUUACUGUUAUCCACAGCAUAGAAAUAAGUUGAAAAAUGAUCUUGCCAACUCAUUCCAAAGAUGACAAGUCAUUCAUUUAAUAAAUUAUUAAUGCAUUAAAUUUUGUUUUUUAAAAAUUAAAGCUAACCAGAAAUGUUAGCUUUAAGAAGGUGAUAUUUGUGCACUGAAUUUUAAGCCAAUAUGAACAAAAAUGCUGAAAAAAUGACACAUAGGUUACCAAAUGUCAUUCACAGGUGUAAAAAAUCACUUGUGCUUUCUUUUCCAUCUAGCGACAAAGGAGCAUGCUUUCUUGAUCUCAUUUGUAAACAGUUAUUUCAAAUAAAAUGGACCUCUUUUGCUUCUCCUUAAGCAUAUUAGCUUCCAGGAGAAGAAUUUGCAAAGUACUUUUUGUGUUCCCUUCUGUUUUGCCAGUGUUCAAAAGUCUCGCUGAAACAGCUGAAGUAUGUGAGGAAAAAUAGCAAAAUUAAUUACCAAAGUCCAGAAGAAAAAGCAGACUCUUGAAAAAUAAAAAGGUAUCUGUGUCCUUCAGUAUUUAUUGAACAGAGGAAAUGACUGACAAAGAACAAUACAAUGCAAUGCUCAUGUGGUAACAUUCAUGUCACUUACUGAAUUUGGUUCUUGUAUGUAUAUUGCAUACACAUAAAUUCAAAGUAUAAGUUCUCAUUGUUGAACCACCAUCUUACAUUCAUGUAAUGAAAUUAUGGAACAGAGUAAAAACUAGCUCUUAACUUAGUAAUUAUAAUAUGGUAUUUAAAAUCAUGUCACUACAGUAGGAUUCUAAAUAUUGCCAAUUAAAAAGCUAAAAUUGAUAUCACUGUUGCAAAGGUUGGCAAUAAUUGACUCCAAUAGCAUUUUAAAUACUUGGAUUCCACAACUAUCUUAUAAACCCAAGUAAUAAAAUGGAUUUUCUAAUUCACUUUAAUUCUUCAUCUUUCUUCCAUAUGUCAUGGUAUAUAAGGAAAGUGUUUCAGUCACUGCAUUGGUAAAAUUGUUUCAGUGUUAUUAUUUUGUUAUUUGAAAUGUCUACAGAGAAUAAAUUGGUUUUAUUAAUACUGUGAUGCAAUUGGUUGAGAAAUAUUUUUAAUUCUAUUUCAAUUUUAUUUCAAGGGUGGAAUACAAAAACUACUUAUGUUAUUAUUCUCUACGAGUAGAAAAAAAAUUAAAACACUAGAUCCAUUGAGAAAGAGAUGUAAUAAAUGGUUAAGAUUAGUAAUAAUAUCCACUGGGGUGAUUUGCGGCCAGUUCAAUCCUUCUUUCCUUUGAAUUUUUUAGCUAACAAAUUAACCUUCCCAAAUCCUUAAAUUGUAACGUCAUGUUUUACUGCUCAUUAUCAACUAAAUUAUUUUUAUUUGCCAUUGAGCACCCGCUGGUCACACUAAUGGAUGCCCAUGUCAUGCAGAUGGCUGGGAGAAGAAGAGAUACCUAAAAACAUACAACUGGUUUUGGGAAACAUGGCACAAGUAAGGAUAUCAUAUCCUAUGAUAUCUUUAUUUUUAUCUAAUUUCCUUUGAAUGGACAGUGGGGGGGAGGGCUCCAUUUCUAAGGAGAAUAGACAAAGAAAUGAAAUGAUCUUUGGCAUUUCA